CAACGUUGCUCAUUUUGGAAAACGCAAAGACAUGGAUAAGUUUAAAGAAACAUUGCAAUCCGGGAUCGAUAAAGCUCAAGCUGGAAUGGACCAGGUCCAAUCUGGAAUGAACAAGGUGAAGAGCUCCAUCAUGAAGGAAACUGACCAGCCGUCGUCGGACGCCCCAAGCUCCAUCAAGGAGAGUGCGCAGGGCUCGUAUGCAUCCGCCAAGGACAAGGCUUCGGAAGCCCACGAUGUCAUGAAGGACAAGGCGCAGCAGACGAAGGAGACGAUGGCGGACAAGACGGAGCAGGCGCAAGGUACGAUGAAGGACAAGGCGCAGCAGACGAAGGGGACAAUGGCGGACAAGACGGAGCAGGCGCAAGGUACCAUGAAGGACAAGGCGCAGCAGAUGAAGGGGUCAGCUGAGAGUGCGCAAGACACGCUCAAGGACAUGGGGGAAGCUGCCAAGCAAAAGGGCCAAGCCAUGUAUGAACGUCACGUGGGGGGCGGUUCCAGUUAAGUUUGGCAAGGCGUCGACGGGACUGACAGGGGUCUAACGCGAUGUGGAGAGGAGCUGGGUUAGAACAGUUUGUGAUAAGGCGACCAGCUUAAUGAAAACGCGUGUGCGCAAUCUGCGAAUAUUAUUCGCACACAAAUCC